AAGAAAGGAGGGAGAGAGAAAACAGGGAAUUAGAGACCAGUUAGCCUGACAUCGGAGGUGGGGAAGAUGCUGCAGUCAAUUAUAAAAGAUGAAAUAGCGGCACAUUUGGAUAGCAGUAACAGGAUCGGUCCGAGUCAGCGUGGAUUUACGAAGGGGAAAUCAUGCUUGACUAAUCUUCAGGAAUUUUAUGGGGAUGCAACUAAGAAAAUGGACAAGGGAGAGCGAGUGGAUGUAGUGUACCUGGACUUUCAGAAAGCCUUGAUAAGGUCCCACACAGGAGAUUAGUGGGCAAAAUUAGAGCACAUGAUAUUGGGGGUAGGGUACUGACAUGGAUAGUAAAUUGGUUGGCAGGCAGGAAACAAAGAGUAGAGAUUAACAGGUCCCUUUCAGAAUGGCAGGCAGUGACUAGUGGGGUACCGCAAGGCUCGGUGUUGGGACCACAGCUAAUUACAAUAUACAUUAAUGAUUUAGAUGAUGGGAUUAAAACAAAUUUACAGAUGACACAAAGCUGGGUGGCAGUGUGAACUGUGAAGAGGAUGCUAUGAGGAUGCAGGGUGACUUGGACAGGUUGGGUGAGUGAGCAGAUACAUGGCAGAUGCAGUUUAAUGUGGAUAAAUGUGAGGUUAUCCACUUUGGUAGCAAGAACAGGAAGGCAGAUUAUUAUAUGAAUGGUGUCAAAUUAGGAAAACGGGAAGUACAACGAGAUCUGGGUGCCCCUGUUCAUCAGUCACUGAAAGUAAGCAUGCAGGCACAGCAGGCAGUGAGUUUGCUGUUUGCAAAGUGGCUGUUGAGUGUAUUUUACAAAUACUUCAACUGGGGGCUCGUAAAAAAAGAUGUCAAAAAAGGCAAUAGGUAUACAGAAGUUUUUUUUUCUCUCUCUGAGCAACUUGAGAUUUGAACUAGUCCCUGGUGAAUAGCAGUAUUUUUAUACCAUCACCGGUCUUCCUCAGCUCUAUUUACCCUUAAGAAGUUAGCCGAGUGGAAAUUGUGCUUGUUCUUCUAAUUCUAAGAAUCGCUUCAGCUGGACAGAUAUGGUAUAUUCCUGUUUUGUUUGAUAAUCUACGUUGCUUCCUUAAAGGCGCAUUUAUCAAUCUCGUUUUGUAUCCUGCGACGAACUUUGGUAGCUUGAAAAACAUUUCCUCUUUCAAAGCACUGCGAAGAACAUGUCGAAAACCACCAUCCUGUUUUUCACCCAGCUGCUAUGUGGGAUUGGGCAUGUCCAAACAGAUGUGAUGAUACGCAAGACAGAAAUAAAAUCUGACUCCGAGGCAUCAGCACAAGUGGGAAGCUCCAUUACUCUGACAUGUUCAGUUAGUAUCGUGGCAACGUCUGAUCUCCAACAACAAAUUACAUACAGUUUAUAUAAAGGAUCACAAAAGAACGUCCUGCUGAAUACCUCCAUGACUCCUGAGGAUAAAUACUCUUUUACAAUACAAUCUGCUCGAGCAACACACACUGGAUACUAUGUCUGUGUCGUGAAUGUGGGAGAUAAAACAGCUACUAGCGAAAAGUUAUACAUAGAAGUUACAGGACAAAUACAGAGGCCUCGACUUACCAUACAACCAAUGAAGGUGAUAGUGGGAAAUCAAAUUGACUUGCGCUGCGAUGCUGCUGAAGAAAUUCCUCCUCUUGACUUUACGUUCUACAAAUAUAAAAAUGGAAAACCUUCCCCUGCGGGACAAAAAGCAUCCAAUACAAACUUUGUAACAAACACGCUUAAAGUUGAGGAAACAACAAACUACAGCUGUAAGGUCAAAGGAAGCAGCUUGGCAACAAUCUCAAUCGACAGUGAACCCGUCACCAUAACUGUGCAAGAUCCAUUUACUAGUCACCUCUUUACGAUUGAACCACAACCUAGAAUAUUUGAAGGCGAUGACUUUACCAUGAGGUGCACAGUUCAGAUGUCAUCAUUAAUUCCAUCCUCUACAAAAGCUGAAUUAACAAUCACGAAAGGUACAACUUCGAUAGCCAACAGCGUUACUGGCGAAGCUAAGAUUUCUAAAAAAGCAACUGCUGAUGAUACGGGACAAUACACUUGCCACGCAGUGUGGAAGGAGACAUUGAAAAUUCUUGUAAAACAGGUGACUGUGGCAGUACCAGUUUCCAAACCAAGUCUAAAUUCAACAGCCUUUAAUAGUAUUGUGGUUCAAGGUGAUCGUUUGAAUCUCACAUGUGCUGUGGUGAGGGGAUCUUGGCCAAUAAUUUACACAUUUUACAAAGGAACACCAGAAAACUUUUUGCAUCAGUCAAUUUUAAAUGCUACUGCCGGAGUCUAUACUAUUCCAUCGGCUGACACUGCAGACAGUGGAGAGUAUUUCUGUCAAGCAGAAAACAAUGCAGGUGUAAAACAUCGAAGUGAAAGAAGUCAGAACAUUAAUAUAAAUGUAAAAGUUCCAGUCUCAGAGCCAAAAGUACAUCUCCUCACUUCAAGAACCACGUUAGAAAUAGGAAAACGCAUAUCCAUUCAAUGCCACUCAACAAAUGGGAGCUCUCCUGUGACUUACUCGUUAUUCUUAAACCAAAGAUUCAUCCACUCUGUCAAGAACUGUACUACAGAGCCUGCGGUUUUUAAUAUUCUCAUAAAUAAUACCAAAGAUGGCGGCGUGUACAAGUGCAAAGCUGAAAAUGAAAUCCUAAACUCAUCCAAAUACAGUGAAGGAAUCAACUUUACCAUAUUGGUUCCCGUUUCGGCACCACUACUCUUUCCUCUGUUGAACUCCACCACGGCGCACCUAGGAGAAAACGUGACACUGCACUGCACUGCAAGCACAGGAACUCUUCCCAUCACUUACACACUGUAUCGGAACCACUCACGCCUUACAGCAAUCUCUGCAACAAAACCAGGGCCAGCAGUAUUUCAUGUGACGAUAAAGACAACUGAAUAUUCUGGGUACACGUGCAAAGCAGAAAAUCUAAUUUCUUCACAAUGCAGUAACACAAUAGAGUUUUUUAUUUUAAGUAAGUAUACUUGAUGUUUGAAUUCAACUUUUAAAGGUGACAGACUCAAUGUAACUUGAUAUAUUUGCAAUGUCUAAAGGCUGUCCAUUGUCAUUGCAGUUAAUGCAGUGCCUCAUUGCUGCAGUGACUCCAGUUCAAUUCUAAAGGGCCUGUCCCACUAGACGACUCUUUAGGUGACUGCCAGGGACUAGUUUUAAUGAAAUUCACCUACGACGCCUGGCGACUGUCUACGAUAACAAAAAUUGUCGCCACUGUUGCUGAAACAUUUUCAACAUGUUGAAAAUUUUGCGGCAGUCGCCCAAAAAAUCGCCUUAGUGGGACAGGCCCACAACCUCCAAUGUUAACUGUGGAGAUUGCAUGUUCUUUCUGUUACCACUUAGGACUCCUCUGGGUGCAUCGGCUUUCUCCAACAUCUCAAAUAUGUGUUGGCUGUUGAGUUAAUUACCCAGUAUAAAUUGUCCCUAAUCCUUAAGUUUUCCCUCAGUCAUGGCUGACCAUGGGUGUCUCCAGGAUUGGAGGACACCCGUGAGUGACUUUCUUUAACAUGGGGAGACUGGUGCACAGACAGCCACCACACGGUUCUUGACAGAUCUGGGUCAGGAUCCAGUGGCAUGGAGUCCAAGACGACCGGAGACCCUUUUCUGCUGCAGCCUUCAUCCGUCCUCCCAGCCAUUGCGAUGCUCCACUAAGGCCAGCCAUCAUCCCCCGCCUGUUCCACCUUUGAGAUCUUGGUUGGAUUGCUCUUCAUCAGAGUCCUCCCCCUCGACCUUACCGCCAUGGCUCCAGGCGGCAUCGCUCUCAGGAUCUCAGGUCCGCACAAGCUUCUCCACCACGACAAGGUGACAAUCCACGGAGAAGUGUCACAAAUCAGGAGUGGAUGUUUUCAUCGUAUUGUGAGGUACAGGGAAGUAUAUUGGGAAAGGGGAGCAGCGCAGACUUUGAGUUAAACAGCCCCCUUCCAAUUCAUACUAUGACUAAAUUUCAUUUCACAGUCAAUAAAACGAAAUGUGCUAUACAUUGCACUCACUUCAAACAGAUGAAUCCAGAGACAGGGCUUCACAAGAUCUAUUUUUAACAAAAAAAUACGAUCCCGCUGGCUUUGCACUGAUGCAACAAAAUUCCUGCAGAUACUUCCUGCAUAAAGAAGUACUCACUCUAUAUUCAUUGCCGGAUAAAGCGGACACAGUGCGAACUCCACCUUCAAGUUCGCCGACAACACCACCAUUGUUGGGCGAAUUACAGAUGGUGAUGAGUCAGAGUAUAUAAGUGAGAUCGACCGAUUGACCAAAUGGUGCCAGCACAACAACCUGCUGUCAGUAAAACCAAUUAACUGCUUGUGGACUUUGGAAGAGGAAGGAUGUGGAUCCACAAUCCUGUUUAUAUCAACGGGAUGAUGGUGGAGAGUCAAAAACGGGCGUGCAUAUUUCCAAAGAUCUUUCCUGGUCCCAGCACACGGAUGCAAUGAUAAAUAAACCAUAUCAACGCCUCUACUUCCUGAGAAGAUUAAGGAGAUUCGGUAUGUCAAAGAGGAUUCUCUUAAACCUCUACAGGUGUACAGUAGAGAGCAUAUUGACUGGUUGCAUCAUGGCCUGGUUCGGCAACUUGAACAUCCAGGAGUGGAAAAGACUGUAAAAGAUUGUGAACACUGCCCAGUCCAUCACCGGCUCUGACCUCCCCACCAUCGAAGAGAUUUAUCGGAGUCGCUGCAUCAAAAAGGCAGCCAGCAUCAUCAGAGACCCACACCAUCCUGGCCACGCACUCAUUUCACCACUGCCAUCGGGAAGAAUGUACAGGAGCCUGAAAACUGUAACAUCCAGAUUCAGGAACAGCUUCUUCCCCACAGCCAUCAGGCUGUUAAGCACUACAAUCUCAAAUAAGCUCUGAACUACAAUAGACUAUUAUUAUUAUUAUUAUUGCACUACUAUUGUUUGU